AGAAAAAAAAAAACCUAGUUAGCUAGCUAGAAACAUCUCACCACACCACAUCCACCUAUUUCUUUCUUUUUUUUUUUUAAUUAAUUUAUUUUUCCAUAUAAAUACGAAACCAAUCUUCCAAAAUCAUAACAAAACCUCUCUCAUCUUAUUUUUCUUUCCUUAUUUUCUCUCAUAUGUUUGUUUCUUGAGAAAAUAUUAUAUCAUGAGCAACAUUCCAAGAUCUCUUACCGAUUCUUCCUUUACUCUAUUCAAGCUAGCAAUUUCUUCUUCUGAUCCUUGGCCUUUUUCUAUCAAAUUUUUCUUGUAACACAACACCUAGCUAAUUAAUCAUCCAAACACAAAACAAGAACAAAAACCUAUUCCUAUUCCCAAUUCCUACUCCUCUAGCUACUAGUAAUCCUUUGUUUGGUUAUUUUUUUCUUUCAAAAAUGACAAUUUCUAGUGAGAAAUUAAAAAAUACCAACAAUAUUUUCCAUCUCAAUAUUCCCCACAUUCAUUUCCAUAAUCAUAAUGAUCAUGAAAUUGGGAAUAAAGAUAUCCCAAAAGGGUGUUUGGCUGUAAUGGUUGGAGAAGAAGAGGAACAAAGAGAAAGGUUUGUUAUUCCUGUUAUUUACAUAAACCACCCUCUCUUUAUUAAACUUCUUAAAGAGGCUGAAGAAGAGUAUGGCUUUGAUCAAAAGGGUCCAAUUGUCAUUCCUUGCCACGUGGACCAAUUCAGAACCGUUCAAACCAUCAUUGAUCAAGAAAAUAAUUCUCUCAAUCAACACCAUCAUCAUCACCAUCAUCAUCACCACCAUCAUAAUCAUGUUUGGUGUUUUAGGGUUUGAUUUUUUAUUAAAUUUCUCAUGUAAUUAAUUGAUUGAAUUUGUUUUUUUUUUUUUUUAUCAAAAGACAAAAUUGUGUGUUGAUUUGAAAUUAUUAAUAUUAUUAUUGUACAAUUUUAUUACUUAA